GUGACCUUCAGGGGAGCGGAGGCAGGCGUCUCUGUGUGAACAUCGAACCUGCGCUGCUGCUAAAGGGCGACAUCAUGGUCAAAUGCUACCACAGGCGAGUCCAGAGCGCAGACAGAGACACGGUGUUCAGGCUGCAGUUCCACACCUGCACCAUCCACGGCUCCCAGCUGUGGUUUGGCAAACGGGAGCUGGACGAAGCUUGUGUUGAUGAGCGUUUUCCCUCUGAUGCCACAGUCGAGUUUGUCUUCUCUUCUGGACCUGAGAAAAUCAAAGGUCGUGAGUACCAUAAGAACGACCCGGCAGUCACUGUCGACUACAACACUGCUGACCCAUUGGUCCGCUGGGAUUCCUAUGAGAACUUCAACGAGCGAUACCAGGACAGCCUGGAAGUAGACAUUGCCCACACCAGAGGUCCUGUAGAUGGCAGUCUGUACGCCCAGAUAAAGAAGCGUCGAGGUCCCGGCUCUGGUUCUCUCUCCUCAACCAAUGGCAGCAGCCUGGCGGGGGGCUUUGAAGAGGAUAGGUCAGAUCGUCUCAUCGCUCAAGGUUCUGACUCCGCCCUCUCAUCCCAUUCCCACCAUUUGCACCAAUCAUCCGUCCAUCCUGAGCGCAAGGAGGAGCCUGUUCGCCCGCUGCCCCCAACCAGACAGGAAAGAUUGGAGCUUGAACGUCUUUUGGGAGGGAUAGAGGGGAACCGAGAUGGAGAGCGAGAGACCGCCAUCUUGGAUGAUGGAGAUUCUUUGCCGUCUGAGAGAACGGGCACGCUGAGGCUCAACCGGUCGUGUUCUUGCCGGGACGGUUACCGGUCCCAGCGCUGUGCGGAACCCGGGUGUGACCGCACCCUCCUCAUGCCUAAUGGUUACUGCCUGGAUCGCGCUCCCGGCACCAACGGGCACCACGGGGCGACUCCUUCUACCAGCCCCAACCCGGCUGCUCCUCCGUCCCACAUGGAUCUGUGCCAGCACUACAGCCCCCACCCCCACCAGACCCUCCCACCCCCAGAUCUGGUGUGGGACCGCCAGGCUGGCCCACCGCACUACAUGCACCGCUCCUGCUCGGAGACUCCCCCGUCUCGACACAUCUGCCCUUACCCAUCACCAGACCUCACCCCUCACUCUCACAACCACCCGCUCCAUCACCCUCUGUCUGGCCCAGGACGUCUCUGCUGUCGGGAAGACGACUACACUCCCUAUCAUCCCCCUCCUCCACCUCACAUCCUCCACCAUGCCCACCCCCACCACCCCAAACCCUCCACCAGCCCGACCUACCAUGACAUAAUGUUAAUUGAUGGUAUGUCGCCCCCUGGAUGCCCUUGCAGAGACUGCGGCAUCAGGAGAGAAGACUCAGCGGCCUAUCACAGCUUGAGGCUGGACCAAGGGGACGGCUUCCACUGGGACAGAGAGGCGGAGCUUCAGCAAAGGGAGGUGGGGCUUAGGAGAGCCAGGGAGGCAGAGAUAUCCAGAGGGUCAGAGCUCCACUGGGAGAGGGAUCCUGGGCUGAGACGAGGCAGAGAGUUGUCCCUCCACUGGGAGAGGGACAGGGAGGCGGAGCUUCUGUGGGAGAGGGACAGAGAGGCCGAAUAUUGGCACAGGAGGGCCACCGUAGCCUCCUAUGGUCCGCAGGGUCACGAUCUCCCAGCCUUCACGUUUGACCCCUUGCCAUCGGGUCACCCUGCUUAUCCAGAAGCGUCGAGGUCCAACGCUCACUCCCACCUGGACCUGAAGUACAGCAGCAGCAGCAGCGGAUACCAAACGCCCCGCCAGGUGUGCCCCUGCUCCCCAUACCAGCCCUCGCCGUCUGAAAGCAGGGGCUACGCCUCUGGGUACCAGUCCGAGUCCACGUCCCCGCUGCCCCCGGCCUCCUCCAUGACAGGGCCCUGCAGCCAUAGCAACGGGCAAGCAGAGCAUAACCACCACCACCACCACCAUCCGGACUCACAGCAGUCAUACGGCUCUGACUCACACACUGACGGCCUUCGUAGUUCCGGGGAAAGUGUGGGCUGGAGAGAUCACAUUACCCACGGUUCCUUUAAGAGGGUCCACAGAGACAACCAUGCACCAUGCUCCACGCCGUCCGACAUGUCUGGACCGCCAACUCCUGUACACACCAGCAGCCCGCUACGCACACAGGAGAGCCCCAGUCCAGGAGGAAGAGAGUACGAGAUCCGGACCACAGACAUCCUCAGCAGUGACUACGAGGCCCCCCAGCCCCAGGAGGGACACCAUCGUGCGGAUAUCAUCGUCCAAUCCCUGGAAAGCCAAAGAAGCAGCACAGACCUGCCAUCGCUACCGCAGACAACCAAAGACACACAACCAAACAUAGCCGCACCUGUUCUACCCCAGAACCACUGCACUGCACCCCCUGACCGCUCCCUCACUGCCCCCCAACAGCAUCACUGUAGCCCAAACACACCGUCAGCUUUGAAGACGCAGAACACUUCUUCUUUUGAUUCUGCAACACCGAACACAACAAACCAGGCCCUCUGCCAGGCUCCUUCAUCCCCUUUCCGUGCUUCGUCUGUACCGGGUACAACCCCACAACCUGACAUCACAGUCCAGACCCCCCAUCCUUCAGAAGCUGCUGAUCUAGCAUCCAAUGGGGAACAGACAGUGCCCCAGACUCAGAGCCAAACCCAAGGCGCCAGACAGACCUCAGCACAGGUCAACGGACCUUCUCAACCAUCUCAACCAGAAACGGAAAAACCAAUGACCCCGAACACAACGCCUGCUCCUGCAUCUCCUAACAAAGCUUCAUCAUCAUCACCCCCACAGCCAGCCUCCAGCAGCGGGGAGGGCUCCCCAAUCUCUGACACCCCAGUUCCGGGCUUUGCCACUUUGGGUAGGAGGUUGAUGUUGAGUGGGUCAGACCCCCAUCAUCCGAACCACAUCCAGCACGGACCCCAACACCACCACUACCCAGGCAUGGAGCACAGCGCUGCCGGACACUCCUCUGCACUGGGCACCAACAAGAGGCCCUGCUACUCAGCUCACCCCCCUCAGCUCUAUCCAUCCUCCUACUCCAACUAUUCCACCAUCUCCAUCCCGCUGCCUCACCCCCAGCCACCUCUGCCAGAGAAGCGCCACCUCCCGGUCCAGCCAGGUUCCCCCAACGACAGCGUGGGAACUCUGAGGACAGCUGGAGGACACGUGACUCCCUCCAACGGCAGCACCGCCCAGCAUCAGCACCAUGUCACAUUCUCUCCCACCGUGGGGGAGAUUGCAGCCCCAGCAGGCAAAAAUGAUGCAGCGGCGUCGGUGGAGAGCGAGAACAGGGUCAGUGUGAAGUUUGUCCAGGACAGUUCCAAGUUCUGGUACAAAGCCGGCAUCUCCAGAGAGCAAGCAAUUGCAGCCCUGAAGGAGAGAGAGCCAGGAACCUUCCUGAUCAGGGACAGCAACUCUUUCCAGGGGGCCUACGGCCUGGCCCUGAAGGUGGCUACACCCCCUCCCAAUGCGAACAACCACAACAGCAAGGUUUCAGUGAGCGACCCUCUGGAACAGCUGGUCAGACACUUCCUGAUAGAGACGGGCCUUCGGGGAGUCAAGAUUAAAGGAUGUCAGAACGAGCCCUACUUCGGUAUGUUUUCCUGA